CGGAAGCGAAGGAAGAAACGGAGCCUUAGCAAUGGCAGCGACCUUGUGCUGAGCGUGUGAGCACUAGUUUUUGCCCAUCACUUAAAAUGUCCAUAUGUAGACUUCACAGAGUGAUACUUCGGUGUUGACAGUUCCCGUAAACAUUAGCACCAUGCUCUCCUUCAUCAAAACUGCCGCUGGCGCAUUGUCCGGUGUUUGUAGAGCCCGCGGUCAUUUACAAGGUAACAUCGGUGGCUAACGACCUUUGCACUGCCACCUAAAGGUAAUAGCUGCCGGGAUGAAGAUGUUCGAAAUCCCCCCAGACUACAGUGAUGUGGUGAUACCAGAAAAACCCAAACUGAAGUUUUUGGACAAGGUGCCUACCUUAAAAAAGGUAAAGAAAGAGAUGAAGAAGCUGCGCGAUAUCCAGGGCCCAGCCAAAGCAGCCAACUCUUUCACCACGGGACAGUACGCUGUUGUGGCCAUGGGAGGGGGCUAUCUCCACUGGGGUCACAUGGAGAUGAUGCGUCUAACCAUCAAUCGCAAAUUUGAUUCCCGGACUACGUUUGCCCGCUGGCGUGUCAAUGCCCCAUAUAAGCCUAUUACACGUAAAGGACUAGGCCAGCGUAUGGGUGGAGGAAAAGGAGCCAUUGACCAUUAUGUGACCCCUGUGCGCUAUGGGCGUUUAAUCUUGGAGGUGGGAGGAAAGGUGGAGCUGGGGGAGGUUGAGCACAUCCUGACUGAAGUGGCAAAGAAGCUGCCCUUCCCAGCUAAGGUAAUGAGCAGGGAGACCUUAGAAGCUAUGCAAAACGAGCAGGCUGCCAUGGAGCAAAACAAUCAGAAUCCAUGGACCUUUAAACAAGUGGUGCAGGGUAACAUGCUGGGCAUCAGGCGGGUGUGCAGCCCUUUUGACCUGCACCAUCAUGGACGUUUCACUGGCAAGUUUCAUCUCCCAGGGAGGGUUUGACAGGCUUGAUGGACACAAAUGAGCACCAUCUUGAACUGUAACACCACCACAGAAGAAGACAAGACUUAAAUAUAUCAGUUUAAUGUUUUACUAAUGGAAUUGUUUUCAACUUUUCUGUUAAAUUGAAAAAACAAACAAACAAAUAAAUGUAUAACUGUAUUUACAUUUCA